AUGGGACAGGCCCUGGGUAUCAAGAGCUGUGACUUCCAGACAGCAAGAAACAAUGAGGAGCACCACACAAACGCCAUCAGCUCCCAGCGCCUCAUCGUGAGGAGGGGACAGCCCUUCAGCGUCGUCCUGCACUUCCGUGCUCCAGUCCGCACAUUUCUACCUACUCUGAAGAAGGUGGCCCUCAUUGCACAAACUGGAGAGCAGCCUUCCAAGACCAACAAGACCCAAGCCACAUUCCCAAUCUCCAGUUUGGGGGACCGAAAGUGGUGGAGUGCAGUGGUGGAGAAGAGAGAUGCCCAGUCCUGGACCAUCUCUAUGACCACACCUGCAGAUGCUGUCAUUGGCCACUACUCGCUCCUGCUGCAGGUCUCAGGAAGGAAGGAACACCUCUUGGGCCAGUUCACACUGCUCUUUAACCCCUGGAGUAGAGAGGAUGCUGUGUUUCUGGAGAAUGAAGCUGAACGCAGGGAGUAUUUGUUGAACCAGGAUGGCCUCAUUUACCUGGGCACCGCUGACUGCAUCCAGGAAGAGCCCUGGGACUUUGGCCAGUUUGAGGGCGAUGUCGUGAACCUCAGCUUGCGCUUGCUGAGCAUGGACAAGGAGGUGGAGGAGUGGAGCCGGCCCGUGCACGUGGCCCGUGUGUUGGGCGCCUUGCUGCAUGCUCUCAAGGAGAGGAGUGUCCUGCCCACCCCACAGACCCAGUCUGCUCAGGAAGGGGCCUUGCUGAACAAGCGCCGGGGCAGCGUGCCCAUCCUGCGGCAAUGGCUCACUGGCCAAGGGCGGCCGGUGCAUGAGGGCCAGGCCUGGGUGUUGGCCGCUGUUGCUUGCACAGUGCUGCGCUGCCUGGGAAUCCCUGCCCGCGUUGUUACCACGUUCUCCUCAGCCCAGGGAACCGGUGGGGGCCUGCUUGUAGAUGAGUACUACAGUGAGGAGGGGUUUCUGAACGGAGAAGGCCAGAGAGGCAGAAUCUGGAUCUUCCAGACUUCCACAGAGUGCUGGAUGACCCAGCCUGAUUUGCCCCAGGGUUAUGAUGGAUGGCAGAUUCUAUAUUCAAGAGCUCCUAAUGGAAGUGGAGUCCUGGGGUCCUGUGAUCUGGUCCCAGUCAGAGCAGUCAAGGAGGGGACACUGGAGCUGAGCCCUGCAGUAUCAGAUCUCUUUGCUGCAGUAAAUGCCUCGUGUGUGGUCUGGAAGUGCUGUGAGGAUGGGUCACUGGAGCUGACUGACUCCAACACAAAGUAUGUUGGCAAUAACAUUAGCACCAAGGGUGUGGGCAGUGACCGCUGUGAGGACAUCACUCAGAACUACAAGUAUCCUGAAGGAUCUCUUCAAGAAAAAGAAGUGCUGGAGAGAGUCCAGAAACAGAGAAUGGAACUCAGGAAAGACAAUGGCAUCCAUCCUCCCAGUCUUGAGUCUGCUGAUCCUUUGUACCUAUUCUUGGAAGCCCCUAGCUCCCUUCCCCUGAGAGGGGAUGCACAGCUCUCAGUGACCUUGGUUAACCCCAGCAACCAGGAGAAGUUGGUGCAGCUGGCAAUUGGGGUCCAGGCUGUGUCCUACAAUGGUGUCCUUGCUGCUGAGCUCUGGAAGGAGAAGCUGCCCCUCACACUCAGCUCCAACCAAGUUAAGAGAAUAACCACCAGCCUGUCCUUCUCCUAUUUUGAGCGAAACCCACCUGAGAACUGCUUCCUCAGACUCACUGCCAUGGCAACGCACUCUGAGUCCAGCCUUAGCUGCUUUGCUCAGGAAGACAUCGCCAUUCGUAGACCACAUCUUUCUAUCGAGAUGCCAGACGAAGCAGAGCAAUAUCGACCUCUCACGGCCUUGGUCAGUAUCCAUAACUCCCUAGAUGCUCCCAUGAAGGAUUGUGUGAUCUCCAUCCUUGGAAGAGGGCUCAUUCACAGAGAGAGGAGCUACAGAUUAAGUUCAGUGUGGCCUGGAAACACCUUGUGCACCCAGUUCCAGUUCACGCCAACACACAUAGGACUCCAGAGGCUCACUGUUGAAAUGGACUGCAACAUGUUCCAGAACCUAAACAGCCACAGAAGUGUCACUGUGAUCGCCCCUAAACUUUCAGCUUAA